AUGUCAGGAUCAAACCAAGGACAAGGAAUCGCGGUUGAUGUUCCACUGCCAGAAUACCAAAACCAAGAAAAUAUGCUGUCCAGACUGAGGGGUCCAAUUAAAAACCGGGUGGACAACCAGGAGAACAUUGUCCCCAAAGCACCACAGAGAACUGUUCUGGGAGGUUUGCAAAACAACCAAUGCAGCAAACCUCAAACUCGCGGCACAAAACAGGUUGUUAACUUCUAGCUAGCUUUUCUAACUAGCCACAACCAGCGAACACUAUACAAACACAGACUUGUUGCCUAGCUAGCAUAACUGGCAUGUAAAUUGAGCUUGGUGGCUAGCUUACUUACUACCUAAAAUUUGAUCAUCUUAGGAAAACACGGUCAUAAAUAUAGGUUAUAGUUUGACGACCAAUAACAGUAUAUUUAAUUUACAAUUACAACGUUUUGUCAAGUAAUGUGUUAAUGUCCGCUAACUAGCUAGGUACCCUCCAAAGUAGUCCGCCAUUUUAUGCUGUCAAUGUCUUGUGUUAAACAUUGGGAUGGCUAACUUGCGUUUUCAAACAUUUCUUCCUAUAUUAUUAAUUAAUUAGCAUUAAAUGACUAGGUGGAACUAACUCAUUGUCGAAACCAUGGGUACUGAAAUAUUUGUCUGAUCUUUAAAACUGUCAUUUCAGGUGCUGUCCUGCGAAAAUGAAGUACCUAAAAGUUAUGCAGAGAAGCUGGGCACCAAGCAGCCAGCUUUUCAGAUUCACCUGGAUGAGCCAGAUGCUGCCUUCUCCAGGAAAAGGGUGUCCCUCAAAGCCAAGCCCUCCACAGAGAUUUCCCCCCUAAAACUGAACCCAACAGUUACAUGUCUCAGGCAGCCUCUCGCCUCUCUUGACAUACCUGUGACAUGUUUGUCAAACAUGGAUGGCAGUUUUGGUGGUGAGUAUUUGAGUAAUAAUCCACUUAGCUUUUUUUUUUUAAACACUUUUAAAACCCUGUGGAGAACAUGGUAUUUUCUCUGGAUUAAAAAGUCACAUUUUCCUCUAUAUAGAUUGUCCCAUGGAUAUGUCAGUUAUUGAAGGUGAAGAGAAGCCAGUGGACAUGAACGCAGCAACAGAGUAUGCUUCAGAAAUACAUGCGUAUCUUAGGGAAAUGGAGGUGAGCAAACUGAUGUGUGCUAUUCAUUGUUCAGUUGUCACACAAAUCACUGAACAAUAACUACAGUUUUUCCAUUUGUGCUCUUGUCCCAAGGUUAAGUCCAGACCAAAAGCAGGCUACAUGAAAAAGCAGCCAGAUAUCACCUACAGCAUGCGAGCUAUCCUCGUUGACUGGCUGGUGGAGGUUGGUGAGGAGUACAAGCUCCAGAACGAGACUCUAUACCUUGCUGUGAACUACAUCGACCGUUUCCUGUCUUCCAUGUCAGUCCUGCGGGGGAAGCUGCAGUUGGUCGGAACCGCUGCCAUGCUGUUGGCCUCGUAAGUGUUGUCGACCCCCACAGCAUCACCUUGUGUGCAGAGUAAACCAAGUCUGUGCUAUCUGUUGUGUAGAGCCCACUGUAUUAGGUGUCUGUCCCAAAUUAAUAGAAAAGAUUGGCACCAACAUCUGACUAACUUUAAUUGGUGGGAACUAUCCCUUUAAAUGAAAGUAAACCCUAGAGAUGAAGUACUCCUUUAAUUGAUAGUGUCAAUCUAAGCAAUGUGUGCUUUGAUCACUCACUGGUUUUUCUUCAAAUGCAGGAAAUUCGAAGAGAUCUACCCCCCGGAGGUGGCAGAGUUUGUUUACAUCACGGACGACACCUACACCAAAAAGCAAGUGUUGCGGAUGGAGCAUCUGGUGCUGAAAGUGCUCUCCUUUGAUCUGGCCUCUCCCACCAUCAACCAGUUUCUCACCCAGUACUUUCUCACCCAGCCUGUCAGCAACAAGGUGGAGAGCUUGUCAAUGGUGAGUAGUGUACACAUUGUAGUGGUGUUCACAUCUUGUAAUUUUAAAGUCCUACUCCAGUCUGUUUCACUUCAUUUAACACCCGAUUUACUUAAAUCUCAAUAGGUGGUCCAGGUAUCAUGAAAUGGCACAAGUGGGAGGGUGGGCCUUAACUCUUUUGUUCUCUAUUCCUCAAGCAAGGGGGAGGCUGAUCACAUCAGACUAACUCCUUGAAUGCCAUACUCCUUGAAGUUUACAGUUGUCUAAACACUUUUGUGCUGCAUUGUGUACUGUUUAGUGUGUACUUUAAUCUAUUUAUACUUGGGAUAUCACUUUUCACAAAAAUCACUGGAGUGUCUAAGUUGAAAUACUUUUUUUUAUAGAUAUUUGGUGAGUUCUUUCUUACAAAUGUUGUCUUUGUUUCCUUAGUUCCUAGGGGAGCUCAGUCUAGUAGACUCUGACCCAUUCCUAAAGUACCUCCCCUCUCAGACCGCUGCUGCUGCCUUUAUUUUGGCAAACCACACUAUAACAGGAGGCUCAUGGGUAAGUUUGCAAUGCUGCUGUAAGUGUUGUAGCAGGGUAGGAGUUUCAUGGCCCUCUGGUUCGGCCUUGAUGCUCCACUCAAAAUAAAGCAUCUUAAACAGGUCUUUGCCUCAGAGCGGUAGGCUAGGAUUUGGUAGCUGGUGCUAACAGUAAUUCUCUCCCUGCGGUGUAUGUGCCACUGGCUCACACUGUCUGUUGGGCUACUCAGGGAGAGAAACAAUCAACACAUUUUGGUGUGUCAUGAACCUCUCCUCAUGUAAAUAUGCAAGUCUUCACAGUAAUAAUCAGGCUUUUUUUGUCUCACUUGCUGCCCAAACAUUCAUAUAUUGAUGGUAACUCACCUAGCUUAUCACAACUCGGAGUAAACUUUGUGAAACCGAGAUUUACAACUGCUAAUGGCCUUGGUGCACUAGCCAAUUAGUUGUCACUGAAGGGCAAGUGGCCUUGUCUUAUUAAAUUCUGUACCUAAACUUGGCACAAACAAUGUUAUUUCCACCUCACUAAAGUCAGUGCCAUAUUAAGUCUGCUUUUGUAAGAUGUGUUUGAAAAGUAGUCUAUUCCCCAGUUGACAGGUUUGCUUACUGACAUGGGGAAUACAGUGAAUCUCUUCCCCAAUAUUUUCAAUUCCCAGGCUCAUCCCUGACAAGCAAUCUCUUGAUUGCAUUUGAUCUUCAGGGGGUACCAUGCAGUGUUUUAUUUUCCACACUUUAAAGUUUAAACCGAACAUUGUCCUUAUACAACUGUAGCACGAGAUAGGCAGCAAACCUAUGUUCAAUUGCGGCCUUUUAUUCACCAACAAUCAUUUUUCCUCAACUCAGAUCUUUUGUCACCUGAAAUCUUUGCCCUAAAUUAGAACGAACCGGUUUGCAGUGACUAUUUGAGUUUUGUGCAUUUUUCUGACUGUUUAAUUUGUUUUAUUUCAGUCCAAGUCUCUGGCGGAGGUGACAGGCAACUCUUUAGAAGACCUGAUGCCAUGCAUAGAGGAUCUGUACCAAAUGUACCUCAAUGCUGCUACUCAUGCGCAGCAGUCAGUGAGGGAGAAGUACAAGGGCGCAAAGUAAGUGGACCAUACAGAUGGAUUUAUUUUCGUCAUGUUGGCAUAUUUCCCUAAUGUAUACAUGCCAUUGGUAUCCAUCCAUUUGCAAUUCUAAUCUAAAAUAGCCAGUAAGCUUACACACAUGGCUAUUUUAUUUUUUGUUCUAGGAUACUACUUGUUCAUAUUGUAAUUUUAUAGAUUUCUAUUAGCUUGAACAUGAAUGGUGGGUCUGAAUGAAAGCUUGUUUAUUUAUACCAUAUUGUUUCUCUCUAGGUACGAAGAGGUCUCUCUCAUCGAGCCCCCCACGAAACUGUCAUUGAAAUGA